AUGGAACGAAGAGCAGAGGAAGUCACACAAGAAACACCAGUAGAUGUUUCUACUGUUUCUACUCUACUGUCUCCAUUAGGAUAUGGGCUUCUGUCAUUUUGGAUGCUGAUUGUCACUCUUCUCUCUGUCUUCUGUAACUCUCUGGUUAUUGCGGUUAUGUUACGGAACCGACAGCUUUUCCUAUCCACAAACAUCCUCAUUCUGGGUCUGGCCUUCUCCGACUUGCUCAUGACCCUCAGUGGAUCAGCUGUUAGCAUUGUGACCAACUACUAUGGACAGUUCUUCAUGGGGAGGGAACUCUGUGUCUUCCAGGGAUUCGCCGUCAAUUACUUUGGCCUAGUCUCCCUGUGUACACUAACUCUGAUGGCUUAUGAGCGCUACCACAUAAUAUGCAAGCCCAUGGGUGCCUUCAAGAUAACAAUGCGACGGAAUGCUAAGGGUCUGCUUCUAGUCUGGUUCUACUGUCUGUUCUGGGCCACGGCACCCCUGCUAGGCUGGGGUUCCUAUGGCCCUGAAGGAGUCCAGACCUCAUGCUCUCUGGCCUGGGAGGAGCGCACCUUGGUCAGCUACAGCUUUCUGAUCUUGUACUGGUCCUUCUGCUUCCUUCUGCCCACAUGGCUGAUCAUCUACUGCUACUACAACAUACUGAUCUCCAUUAGAAGGCUGAACCUGAGUGUGGAGAGUCAGGGAGGCAGGUCACGGCAAAAAGAGGACAGGCAUGCUAUGUGCAUGGUGGCUGCCAUGAUUGGUUCCUUCUUCCUCUGUUGGCUUCCCUACGCUAUUGUAUCGAUGCUUGUGAUCCUUGUGCCGGAUAUCUCCAUACCUCCACUCCUUGCCUCCAUGCCUGCCCACUUGGCUAAGACCAGCUCAGCAUACAACCCCAUCAUCUUCUUCUUGGCCAAACAACAGUUCCGAGACAUGGCCUUGGUGAUCAUAUCAUGUGGCUUCUUUAACCCUUCACUUCACACGUCAUGCAGUGCCAGGGAGGCAGACAUAGUGGAGACUGGCUCCAAACGGCUGAGUCCCAACACCAUUCAGCCUGAUCCUGCAUUGACCGACUGA